AGCGUUGCCACUCCUUCAAUUUUCAGAUAUCGAAGGAAGAAGAUAAUAAUACGGGGAACAAAGACGAUUUUUUUCAGACGUUUUCCCACCCCUAAACAAUACAGAAAGGGGUCUGUACACAGAUCCUGAUUCAGAAAAACAUACAACAUGGUCGUAGUUACAGCAGGGACCGGAGGAGCCCAUAAAGUCCUCCUGAUAUCGGGGAAACACAGCGCUGCGUCCGGCGCGACACAGGGCGGAUACAGCCGUUCAAUAUCUCUCAUGAUACCGAACCAGCCCUCUUCAGACUCCGACUCCACCAUCUCUGGACCACCACUGCGCAAAAGGCAGAGACUCACACAUCUAAGCCCAGAGGAAAAAGCACUUCGAAGGAAACUGAAGAACAGAGUUGCUGCACAGACAGCAAGAGACAGAAAAAAGGCCAAAAUGGGGGAGUUGGAGCAACAAGUCUUGGAGUUGGAGCUCGAGAAUCAGAAACUUCACGUUGAGAACAGGCUGUUGAGAGAGAAGACGAGCGAUCUGCUCAGUGAGAAUGAGGAACUAAGACAGAGACUGGGGUUAGAUACCCUGGAAGAAAAAGAAAAGGUUCAGGUAUUGGAGUCCGCAGUGAGCGAUUUGGGUUUGGUGACCGGGUCUUCUGAGUCCGCAGCACUCAGGCUGUGUUCCGCAGCAGGUGCAGACCCAGCAGUCCCCAAAUCUGAAGACUUCACCAUGGAUACUCACAGCCCUGGCCCUUCAGACUCUGAGUCUGAUCUCUUGCUUGGUAUUCUGGACAUCCUUGACCCAGAGCUCUUCCUCAAGACAGAACUCCCAGAAGCACAAGAACCCCAGCAAGAGCUUGUGCUGGUUGGGGGUGCAGGAGAGCAAGUACCUGCCUCCCCACCUGCAGCUUUGGGGCCCGCACCAGUUAAGCUGGAAGCCCUUAAUGAACUGAUCCACUUUGACCACAUCUACACCAAACCCACCGAGGUGGUGAGCGAGGAGAGCAUUUGCGAAGUCAAAAGCGAGGAUCGCGUCGCCUUCUCUGAGGUCGAUGAAGAAAUCGAGGUGGAAGUCCAAAUGGUGUCUGUCAAAGAUGAACCAGAGGAAGUGGUCAUCCCUGCGGUGGAUCAGAAUCCAGACGCGGCUGAUGAUUUCCUCUCUGAUGCCACUUCCUUCAGCGGCUACGAGAAGGCUUCGUAUCUGACGGAUGCGUACAGUGACUCUGGAUGCGAGAGGUCUCCUUCCCCCUUCAGCAACAUUUCAUCCCCCCUCUGCUCUGAGGGCUCUUGGGAUGACAUGUUUGCGACUGAACUCUUCCCCCAACUGAUUAGUGUCUGAAGGUUGCAUACAAUAUCCAGUUGCAAAUAUGCCUGCCUUUGCUCUUUUAUUGUAAGUGAUUGUCAUGUGCUUUAUAAUGAUAGUACAACAGUAGCGUGUAACCCCACUUGCAAUUUAGACCAAAGGCAUUGCUUUAAGGCUUCUGUUGUAAUUAUGCAGGUCUGUUUGUGCACAAGACUUGUGGCGGCUCUGUACAGUUCAAACGCAACUCAGUAUUUUUGUUGGGGAAGGGGUUGGUUGGGGGGGGGCUAAUUGUUUUUAAAGUAGAUCUAUUUAUUUGUUUAUCUCUCUUUUCCAGAGUUUUCUGUAUAAUGUAAUCCGUCUGCUUAAUGUACUUAAUUUUUAUUGUAAAUGCUCUCCUUAGUCAUACUGCAUUAAAAAAAAAUCUGCAUUGCAUAACAUG